CAUCGCUCUGAGUUCACCCCAAAAACAACCAACCAAAACCCCAAUCAAGAUGUUCAAAUUCGUUGCUGUCAUCGCUCUCCUGGUUGCCACCGCCAGCGCCGGACUCAUCGAGACCCACCAUGUGGUGCACGAGCCCGUCCUGGCUAAGGUUGGAUCGGUGGUGCACUCUGCUCCCUCCGCUGUUUCCCACCAGAGCAUCACCCAGGUGCACAGCAAGGCGGUGGUGCAGCCCGUGGUUGCCCCCAUUGUGAAGACCACCACCUACACCCAACCCGCCGUGGCUGUCCACGCUGCCCCACUGGUCCACUCCGUUCCCGUUGUCCACGCCGCCCCAGUGGUUCACUCCGUGCCGGUGGUGCACUCCGUGCCCCUGGUCCACUCCGCUCCCCUCGUCAAGUCGGUGGUGCACUCCGCUCCUCUGGCCUACUCCCUGCACCACUAAGAACUCAAAUGUGAUACAGUAUUACCGAUUUUUCGUUUAAAUAAAUGUUUUUCGUUUCCCCAUAACAAGUUAAAAAAUUGUGUUUCAAUUUUUGAAUUUAAAGAUAUUAAAAAACAUUGUUUUUUAGUAAAUAAUUAUGUGUUACUGUUUUUUAAUGUUUUCAUAAUUAUUCGUUUAGUACUGGACCAAUUUAAUAUAUGUAUUCUAACAAAUAUAAAUAAUACGCUUCAUUAAACAGAAAAUUCGUAGAGUUUUUGAACUUGAUAAAACUUUUUUGUAUUUAAAAAUAUUUAUUUUAGAAUAAGUAUAAGUUAAUGUAGUUCUAUGAGAGCAAUUGAAAUUGAUAAUUUUGGUAAUUUUUUUAGUAAGAAAUUUCUGUGACUUGCCUGUUUCUUAUAAAAGUCUUAUACUUACCUUCAGUAGCUUAAAAAACUUUCAUGCCUACUUUUGGGCAGAGCUAGAAACCAAUUUAAAUGAAAAAACCAAUAUCAUUUUCGCUCACUAUAACAAGUAUGGUAGGUAAUUUAUUGCUUGGAAUGUAUUUUAGUGUCUAAACAUUUUUUUGUGAUUUUUUGUUCUCAUUGCUGGACUUGCUUUCUUUCCUUCUAUAAACAGGGCACGGGAUGCGUGAUCGAAGUGAUUCCGCGGGAAAAUGCUUGGGUUGAACAGGAGCUGAAUGGCUGGCGUGUGGGUGAGAUAUACAUGGGUGGCAGGAUCUCCGGCGGCUCUUAACCAAUCACAACUGGGCCCAAGCCGUGGAC